CGUAAAAGGGGAGGGUCCGCCAAUGAUGGCGGGGAGAUUCAGUUCUACGGAGACUUUGUUUCUAGUAAAAUCAUUCCGUGUAUUUGUUGUCCAGGAGGAUUUAUUAACAAAAAAAUAGUAUGGACAAGCAUUAUUAGACGGUUGGUGUUAACAGACGUCAAGGAGUGUUGUACAGCAAUGAUCAGCAGCUCGGUUUAAACUCACAUAAUGGAUGUGAUGGAUUUGGACCUACAGGUGGGAGACAUGGAAGCUCUGAGAAAUUCUACUAACACAAUCCCAACGCUGCAAAAUAAUAAUCCUGAUCCAAUAACUGUUACAAUGGAGGAAGAGGAGAACCCACGUCAUCAUUCUCAUCAGUUUAUUGUGGAACAUGAUCUGCAUAACAAUUUGUCAGAAAAUACAGGUAGAAGUAGGCUUCUUUUGCGACACAGCCAAACCACACGUACUUUCAGUAGGUCAAGAAGGCUGCUGACACAGAGAAGAACAAGACAAAAUUCCAGCCUGGAGAGCUUUUUCCUUCCAGUUCAGAGUCAGGCAGUAGAGCUUCCAACUUCUGGCUCCCUUUUACACAUAAUGGUGAAUACUGCAACUGUGAGUGUUACUGAUCCUGGAUCUGGCAAUACAACAGAGCACAGUGACUCCGAUAUGAGCCUAAUUGAUGCAGAAGAGGCUGUAGAGCAAGCACAUGAAACUGCCCCCAUGGUUCAACAAAGUACAGAUGGUGUUUUGCCAGCAGAAAGUCACAUUCACUCAGAAGCCGUGGAUAGGGAAGAGGAGGCAAUAAUGCCACAGGAUGUCGAGGCAAAGUCACCUUCAAAAAAAUUACCUGAACCAAGCACUAUUGCAUCUUCUACUAAUGAUCUUGAAGAGGAAGAGGGAGACACCUGUACGAUAUGUUUUGAACCAUGGACAAAUGCAGGUGACCACCGCCUCUCAGCUCUACGUUGUGGACAUCUUUUUGGCUUCAAUUGCAUUGACCGUUGGCUUCGGGGUCAAGGUGGCAAGUGUCCACAGUGCAAUAAGAAGGCAAAACGUUCAGAUAUUGUGCUUCUGUAUGCUCGUUCCCUGAAGGCCCUUGACACCAGUGAUCAGGAAAAAAUGAAAAGUACUCUUCAGCAUGAGCAGACCCUACGGAGGAAGGCAGAGUUAGAGUCUGCACAGUGCCGUUUACAGCUCCAAGUCUUAACGGAUGAAUGUGGAAGAUUGCGCAAGGAGUUACAGGAAUUAAAGACAUUGAUGUCGCAACAAGGAGGCAGCACUUCCCAUUCAUCAGGAUCUGUUCCUGGCUGUAGCCUCUUGCAUAGUUCUAGCCAAGCCCAAGGAAGACGUUAUAGCUUUUCUAAAGCUGUGUUAGUGUCUCAGACUGGUAACUGUCGGGUUUUGGCCUACUGUGAACCCUUGAGCUGUCUUUUGGCAUCUCAGCCGUCCCCACAAGCAACACUUAUACCAGGAUGCGGUGUUAAGAAGAUAAGUGCUGUCAAUAUGAAGUCUUGCCAGUAUGUGCCUAUCCACACAAAGCAGAUUCGUGGUUUAUCUUUCAAUAAUCAAAUGGACAGCUUAAUGCUCUCUGCAGCAUUGGACAACACCAUCAAAUUGACCAGUCUUCUCACCAAUACAGUGGUGCAGACCUAUAACACUGGACGUCCAGUUUGGAGCUGCUGCUGGUGCCUUGAUGAUCCCAAUUACGUCUAUGCUGGUCUGAGUAAUGGUUCCAUCUUGGUAUAUGACACUCGAGACACCAGUACAUAUGUCCAUGAGUUGGCAUCCCUUGGGUCCAGAUGUCCUGUGGUUUCCCUGUCUUAUUUACCCCGUGCUGCUUCUGCUGCAUUCCCUUAUGGUGGUCUAAUAGCUGGCACGCUGGAAGGGGGGUGCUUUUGGGAAAUGAAAGGUGGAAUAUCUUACAGACCACACCAUCUUCCUUUGGAACCAGGUGGCUGCACAGACAUACAGGUUGAUGCAAGUAGUCGGCACUGCCUUGUGACUUACAGGCCAGGUAAGUCAAGUCUCUUCUUACGAUGUGUGUUAAUGGAGCUCAACCGAGUUGUACAGCAAGAUUCCCUUGAUGACCCUGCGUGUACAUGCCAGCCCAUUCAAACAUUCAAUGCUGGCUCUUGUUGUAAGCUGCUGACCAAGAAUGCCCUCUUUGAAAGCCCAGCGAAAGAUGGUAGCAUGUUGGUGUGUGCAGGAGAUGAAGCAUCAAACUCGGCAAUGGUGUGGGAUGCUGGCAGUGGAACUUUGCUUCAAAAGCUGCAAGCUGAUCAACCCGUAUUGGAUAUUUGCCCAUUGGAAAUAAAUCAGACUCAUUUUUUAGCUGCUUUAACUGAGAAAAUGGUGAAAGUGUACAAAUGGGAGUGACGGGUGGUGAGAGGACCUACAGAACUACUUCACAAUGUUACUUGGUCUCCAUGGUUCAGUGUGGCUGAGAAGACAAUAACCACAUGUACAUACUUCCUGCUAAUUUGGAAAUCUUAUGGCUUAUUUAAGAGCUUAAACCGUAUUUCCCAAAGAUGUUUCCCUUGAAAAUGUUUAAAUGCAGCAAUACAUCUUCGUAAACCACCACAUUCCCAACGAAUCAUUUUAGUAAUCUGGUUUACUCUGCAUUUCUGUCAGGUUAGUUUCUUCUGUCUGGUUUGUUAUAAACUGAAUUAAGUAAACUAUUUUGUCUGCAUGUGAAAUGCUUAGGAAGAAUAACAUUGUUUUCUUUCCAAAAAUAAAAAAAACUGCUGGAUUUUU